AUGUCCACUCCCAGCGCUAUUGAGUUUGUUUCUUAUUAUGAAGAUGAUAAUCAGUCACAAUCCUGGAUGAAGCCAGAUGGUGCUAUACACAAUAUGUUUCCCUCUACCCAAACCCAUACCUUAGACUGUCACUGCAUUAAAUGUCACAACAGUCAUAAGAAAUUUUCUUAUACUGCAAAGCGUACUGAGACUCAUUGUAAUAAGAGAGCUAGAGUUGAAGCCGCAAUGAGAAACAUGGAUGUAGAUACUGAGGUAAUCCUGACUUCUCAAUCCAAUUCUGUAGAAGUAAUGGACGGUCAGACCAACUCACCUUUUUUGGAUGUCAUCUCAAUGUUUGACAAUGACAGAGAUGACAAUGAUUUUGAUGACAAUGCUGAAGAUAAAGUUAAUGAGAUCGAGAUUGAGAACUUCAGCAGUGAAGACCUUUCUGCUGCUUAUUAUAUGCCCAAAAAUGAAGUCUAUCAAUUUACAGUCACCUUUACGUUUAUUAACAAUUUGCUGAGAGUCUACAACCAAGAUUUUCAAUUACCAAUCAGUCUUGCUGGUUUACAAAAAAUGACAAGAUUUUCUGUUAUUACAAAAGGCAUCAAGAAAUUUGUGGUAUGUCAAGACUGUCAUACAGCAUAUCAGGAUAAUGUAUCUGCUCCUCCUCAAUGUGUUUCCUCAAAACUUGGUGCCAGGUUUGCAUGCAGCUGUAAUUUGACAAAAUCCAUAUCUUCUGGUGCCUUGGUUGCAAAGUGUGAAUAUGUCUAUCAAUCCAUUAAAAAUACAUUGAGGGUUUUCUUCUGUCGCCCUAGUUUGGAAGCCAAGAUUCAUCAAUGA